AAUGUCAGAAAUAGAAGACGAAUACGAUGCAUAUUACUCGCCGGUGGAUCUCGAAGGUGUCUGCUUGUCCCAAAGUCCUCGCGCCGACCCACCGCACGCCGCGGUCUCGGAACCUGCUUCACAGUCUACAGCACCUGAGACUUCUGACGACGAGUUCGACGCAUACGACUUCUCAGAGUUUACGACGGAAGACCUCGCGCAGAUCGACGCUACACUCGGUAACAAUGCCGCCUCUAUUCCAAACGCCCCAUAUGCGCCGAAUAACAACCAUGACGGCAACAAACCAGGAGGCAUCGACGAGGGACGUUCCGCCAUAUCGCCCGCCAGUGCGCGAUACCCGCAGCCCCUUCCGACGGUUUCGAAGUUGGAAUAAGCACUUCUCUGUGUCCGAUUUAGUGGGUCCCGCUUGGUGCGAAGUGCAGUUUGACUAUGGCCUCCGGCAGAAGCGACACUUGAAACCUGAGCAGAGGCCGGAAUCAUUCGUGACGGACGAAGGCAAGACUAUCAGUGUAGACAAGGGUGUCGCACAACAGAACCAUCGUGUCAUUACUCGUGGGCAGUCGGUCCAUAAAGUUUUGGAGCGUGAAGUGCGCCCGGAAGAAGUACAGAUUGAGAUCACGACCCAGGAGGAACGCUGGGGAUUACGCCUCGUGAACAUGCUAGCAUGCCUCGACUCGCUCAUGGAAUCUGGCCUCUCUCGCGAAAUGCCCGUAUUCGGCAUCGUACACGACCAAAUCGUCGUCGGGAUCAUCGAUGAGCUGGUCCGCAAAACCGCACCGCCAUCAACACCACCUCCAGAGCAGAAGCGCCGCAAAGGCCGCCCUCCUGGAAGCGGAAAGGGCGCAAAUAAGCGUGCUUCCCCUUCUACCCCAACGAAGGGCAGCAGCAAGAAGUCACGUCGAACGCCUGAGGUCACGCAGCCUCAAUUAACGUCGUACUUCCACGCAGCAGUGCAGGUACCAGAGCGGGAUGACAUUGAGUCUGUCUUUGCCGUGCGCUCACCGGCUGAUGCGGAGGUCUCUACGCGACAUACGGACCAGCAGGCUCAUCUCGACGUGGGAGACGAUGGCCAGUUCAUCGUUGCGCCCCCUUCGUCGUAUAUUAUACACAUCUCAGACACGAAGACGCGUCGCACACCGAGCCUCCCGCCUGACGAAGACACACUUUCCGCUCGCCUACAGCUCAUGCUCUACCACCGCUUGUUAAACAGCCUCCUCCGCCCACCCUCGCCAACGAAAUCCAGGAAGACCUCCCAACCACCCACCGACUCCUCCCCGCCACCCAUCGACUUCCCCGCAAUAUGGAAAAGGCUCAGCCUCGACCCCAAACGGACAUUCUCCGCCACCUUCAUGCACGACGCGGGUCUCCAGACCAUCAAAUGUCUGGACGACCUCACCGCGGCGUGGCACCACGCCGUCUCUGCGUUGCAAGUAUCCGGCGUCGACCGGACGCUCACCGUCGUGUAUCGCCUGCAGCCCUCUCAUGCGCAGAGGGCGAGGAUAAUUCCCGAUCAGGAGGCGGUAGAUCUGGCUCGUGCGAUUGAGGCAAGCCUGAACGAAGCGCCGCGCGUAUGGGCUGGCGGCGACGACCAGCUCGCGCAGGCCAUCACGGAGAGCAUCAAGGAAACUGCUCUUGACAACGGGCAGGAGGACGCUGUCGCCGAGGUUGUGGGCGCAGUACCGGACACGCUGACCCCGAGUGCGGAAGACCUUGGCGGGAAGGAGGAUACGUUGCGCAGAGAGACAACAGUUGCUCAAGACGACGACAAGUCUUCCGAUGCGCGAGACACUACAGUAGAGCUGCAGGGUAACGACUCCGAUGGCGAGGAAAUGCAGAUAUCCGCUGCCGAGCUGGACGUGGAGGCGCGCAUACUUGGGUCGAAAGAGUUCAUGGUCGACGACAAGCUGCUGGACGACUACCUCGAUAGCGUUCUGCAGUGGUGGCUCGGGCAGCGACCGCCAAAAGGCGUUGACAUUGAGCUGACCCGGCGAUGUUUGAACUGCGAGUACGUGGAGGGCUGCGAGUGGCGAGCUAAGAAGGCGAUGGAGACUCGACAGAGCGUCUUGGAUGCAUGAGCGUGUCUACCGUGGGCAGUAGCGGACGGAAGUUGGUAUGGUGUCUCACUAGUUGGAUUUCGAAGGGAUUAUGGAUAUGUAUGGACGUUCGGAUGUACCUCGUGUUGUUGUUCUGCUAUCGUUGCAAGAUGU